AUGCGCUCCCUCCUACACAAACAAGCCCUCAUAACCGGCGGCGGCUCCGGCAUCGGUCUCGCCAUCGCCCGCCGUCUCUACCUCGAAGGCUGCUCCGUGACUCUCUUGGGGAGGACCGAAUCCACCCUUCAGCGCGCUCAAUCAUACAUUUUAUCUUACCCAUCCCGACCUUCCCACCCACCACCAUCACCCACCUCAGCCUCGGCAGUCCCAAAUGAUUCCUCAGUCUCAGCAUCAAGCCCAGCUUCAGCCUCAGCCCCAUCCCACCAACCAUCAGACACAAAGAGGGUAUCCUACCACCCCCUAAACGUCACUAGCGCUUCAUCCUGGGAGGACCUAUUGCAGAGUAAUUUAAAAGGGGGGAGGAUAGACAUCCUCAUCAACUGCGCAGGCAUCACGCAGCGGAGUCCGCUAAUGAAGACUCCUGUCGAGGAAGUAGAAGGGUUGUUGGAUACGAAUUUGCGAGGGACUGUGUUGGGGUGGGGAGCAGACCAAGAGGACAAAGGACAAGGGACGCAAGAAGGGGUAAAAGAAGGGGUACAAGAAAGGGGAGUAAUCAUCAACGUGGCGAGUCUACUUGCGCAAAAGGGGGUGAUUGGGACGAGUGUCUAUGCGGCUGCGAAGGCGGGGGUUGUUGGCUUAACAGCCUCCCUGGCACACGAGUACGGCAGAUCCGGGAUAAGAGUCAACGCCGUUCUGCCCGGGUACAUCGAGACAGACAUGACUACCGGUCUCAAAAACCCUUCCAUCCUCCAACAAAUUCCCCUAGGCCGCUUCGGAACAACAGAUGAAGUCGCCGACGCCGCCCUCUUCCUUAUCAAGAACCCGUAUGCAAACAACUGCGUACUGAAUCUUGAUGGGGGGUUAAGUGCUGUCUGAAACGACACACCGCUUCCCGUGGGUAUCUGUGGCUAGUAUAGCAAGAAUAGCAAGCCAUGUGGUAAUCAUAGUAUAUACCGACCAUAACUACGGCCUACGAUAGCAAUAAUGAACCGCGCGCAAGACACGGCAAAGGGGUGAUGGACGAUCAGUCAUCAUCAA